AUGUUUUCUUGUUGUUAUUGCCAACAACAAGAUAAUCAUUUUAUUAUACGUACUAUUGAAAAAUUACCUGUUCAUACAGAAGUUAUUAAUCUUCGACGUUUAUUAUUAUCAUCAAAUAACAUAUCUGAUAGUAUUAAUGCAGAUUUUAGUUUGGCUAAACGUGAUGAAUUUCCUUAUAUGUUUUUUAUUAUAAAUCAUUCAUCACGUGGUAUAUUAACAAUACGUAAAGAAAUAAAUCGUGAUGAAUUAUGUCGUUUACGUCGUUGUCGUUGUGAUACAUGGUGUGAUUUAGAACUUGAAAUAUUUGUUAAUAAUGCACAAUUUAAUAUUGAAUUACUAACUAUACGUAUACUUGAUAAAAAUGAUCAUAGUCCACAAUUUUCAAGUUUAAAUAAUCAACUUAAUUUAACUAUUGUUGAAAGUGCACAAAUUGGAGCAAUGAUUAAACUUGAACCAGCUAUUGAUUAUGAUCAAGGACAAAGUGGAAUAAUUGGUAUGAAAAAUUUUAUAUUUGAUUUUACUAGAAAACUUUCAUUUAUCAUAUUAGAUUAUUCGUUUGACUAA